GCAGAGCUAGAGACGAGAUCGUCGCGUUGUCAGUCUUGUUGUUGCACACCAGAAAUAUUUGCAGCGCAGAUCUUCUACUGAAGCGGUGGCCGGUACGAGAGACCGAGCAUUUGAGCGAGGAUCGCUACACACGAAAAUGGUGGGGAAAGAUGAAGGCGAGACGAAGCCGCUCUCCAGCUCGCCCGGGCCCGACGUUGCUCGAGGCAGAUUUGAGAAUACACCUCUACAUUUGUCGGUGUCACAGGGCGAUGCACCUCGCAUUGCUCUGAUCCUCAAAGAACCCUCUGGUCAAGCAUGCCUCGAGCAGCUCGGCGCUAACCUGUGGACGCCGCUGCAGGAGGCGUGCUUCUUCGGUGAUGACGAGGUCAUUGGUGUGCUGUUAUCGCAUGGUGCAGAUGUACGCACAAGCGACGGGCUGAACGGGCGUACGGCACUGCACAUAGCUGCACAGCAAGGCGAUGCGGACGUGAUCGAGAAACUGCUAGCCAGCUGCACACUAAACAUGGCUGAUAAGAGGCAAUGGAUAAUGCAGCCGGACAAGAAUGGAGAUGCGGCGGUAGAUGUUGCCAACGAGCCUUGCCGGAAAGCCAUAGAAUCAGCGUUGGCAUCACUGCCCGUGACCCUGGCAGCACCAACUACAACCAGGUACGAAUCACCCAGGAAUGCAAGAAGCAAGUCACUUUCAGAUCAGGGACGCUCCGCCAAACCCAUUGUAUCCACUGCUGAGUUUCAGGAUGCCGGUCAUGGUCAUGGUGUUCCCAACGUGAGCAGCGUUGGUGAGUGGGAACGCGGUGAAUUCAGCUUGCCAGGUCUAGCAUCACUUGACUCUGAGACUGGUGGUAUAAAUGCUGAUCCAGAAAGCAACACGAGGGCCACCAAUGCGUUGAGGGCGUCAACAUGCAUCGUGAAGAAAGUGAAUAUUGAUGAAAUCCAAGACUUGGAUGCUGUUGUUGAUUUGAAGGUGAAGAUGAGUCUGAGACUAGCAUUUGAAUACAACUCCAAGGCAGAUUGUCUGAAAGUGCGAGCAAGCAAGCUGUGUGGGCUACCCAUCCUACCCAGUUUUAUCGCCAACGGAGGGCACAUCUAUGUACGAAGCACACUAUUGCCAGCGGGAAGUGAUGGUCAGGACACAAAGCGCAAGUCUGACGAAUGGAAAAUUGAUCUGAACAAGCACGCCGUCUCCCAUGCCAAUCCAGGCGCUGCGUUGACUCUAUCAGAUGUGAGCUUCAAGGACCCGCUUCACUAUAAGCCGAUUGGCCGUGUCAGUGAUGUGACACGGAGUAUACGCAUCUCUGUGUGCUACCGACCUGAUCAGUGGCUGGCAGCAAGUGAAGAAUUGGCGUUUACGUCGCUUCCCGUGUCCAGUGUGGUGCAGAAGCUCAUGCCCUGUCUGUAUGACCUACAGGCACGGCAAGGUUUGGUGCAACAGGUAAAGGAGUUUGCCAGUCAAUGCCCGGAGGAUACAGGAGUGAGCUUGCAAGGACGCAUCUAUGGCAUUAGUAAAAGUGUGAAUGCAAGAAUGGAUAUAAACGUCGCUGGCGAGCAACUCACUGCUUCACUGUCAACGUGUAGAGAUGAUGAUGCUGAUCAUGAUGCUGCUGGAGCAGAUACAUCUCCGGACAGAGAUACUAGUGACAUGGCUACAGUGAGCAUUCCUUCAGCAAAACAGGCAGGCCGGGGAAUUAGUGCUAGCAGCAUGUGGGAGGCAACGAGUGGCUUUAUGAGGAGAUUGGCCCCGCGAUCAUUAGGUUCGGUGUCUAGUGUGAUCGAUGAAGCUUCAGCCAGCAACCUCUCAGUUCAACACAGGUCAAGUAGAACUGUAAGUCUGUCCACUGGCAUGGAGAGAAAGAAGGCAAAGACCUCAGCACAAAGCGGCCACACAGUGCAGUCUAAUGCUGAACAGCAGGCACAAGCAUUCCCUUUGCACAACUGCCGAGAAAAGGAAGCAAAUACAUCUCAACAAGAACCACCCGCUGAACUAAAGGCGGGGAAUCCCCAUCCCAAACUUCUACCACUGGGAGCUCUUCGACCGAAAUUGCACUUGUUUCGAGAUCCUGCUAGUACAGGAACUGUACCAAAUGAAUCGUCAACGACAUCGGUCCAGGGACAAGGGAAAGCUGCAAAAACGUCCCGUGAACAACCAAGAGAAUCAGUCGCAACAGGAGCUGAAGCAUCAACUGCUUCAAAGGCGUCCAGGCCAGCUAUGCCAUCAAAUGCAUGCGAUGGACAACAGAAGGGAAAGCAACAUCCUAACCUUCUACCUCUGGGAGCUGUUCCAGCAAAAUUACAUUUGUUCCGGCGCGUUGAUACAGAAGAAACCACGACAAGAGAAGAACCGGCAUCAGGAGCAAUCCUAAACCCACCAGUGACAGAGCGGUCGCAGCAGAAACAGGACCAGGACAAUCCCCACCGUACCCUUCCAACGGUGGGAGCUUUCCCAACACCAGCUCACUUGUUUCGACGUCCGCCUACAAAACGAACCGCAUCGAGCGAAGCAUCGACAACUUCUAUCCAGGGCCGUCCACGGGAACAAAGUGCCAAUCAAGCCACAGUGGUGCCAGCUCAUCCCUUUCAAGUAUCAUCAGCAAGCACAACUCAUGUCACCACUGCAGCAAAUGAAUCGUCUCUACCAGCCCGCAUACCCACAGCCAAACCACCCACUAAGCUGCUUGAUCACUGUAGUUCAGGUGGUGCACACAAAUCAACACCGACCAGCCUUUUCCGGGUACAGGCACCGGUAGCAAGCCUCCAUGACAGUACAAACACUGAAGGCAGCAAACCAUCACCUACCGACAACCUCCUACAACAGCAGAGAUAUAAGACUACAUCAGAGUCCACCGCAGUUGAGCUCAUGCCAUCAAAAUGUAAGACAUCAGAGUCCAGCAGUCUUGGCAAGUUCAACAGGUCUAAGAGCAAAUCUGAAUAUGCUGCGGCGGCUGCAGUAGCAAUGAGCUCAGCCAAUAGCAUUGACAGCAGCAGUGCUAGUGCCAGCGUUUACAGAAGCACAGCAGCAGCAGCAGCGCCCUGUGAUAGGCUGUUGUGCGGUGCAGGCACUAAUUCCGCAACACUGGCAAGGCCAACUCAGACAAUGGCAACUCAUGCCGGCGAGCUACUGGACACGGCCUGUACACACGGUGCUGCACUAGAGAAUAUCAUGACCUUGCCCGGUACAGCUGAAGCGAGGGACGGCGCUCGAGAUGUGCUUGAUGGAACAGUCCAGCGAAAGUAUGCUGACGGCACACACAUGUACACCGGUGUGAUCGCAAAGAAGAAAACGGGAACAGGAACUCCUCGCCGCAGCGUGAUAGUUUCACAACAAUGGCGAAGCACUGCUGAUGCUGCUGACACAUCAUCUCAGUCACUCACAGCAGGCAUGCAAGCUCGGCCAAUGAAAUACAGGCAGACUGGCAAGCAUCAACAAACCAAGACCAAGGAUUUCACCAUAGAUAUUCCGAAUAACGACAAGUUUCAAAUCACAGCAAGCUGCACUGCCGAGAAGUAGCGGUCCAUUCGCAUUGCAACACUGUACUGCAUGUAAUCAUCACUGAUAUACAUGUACUGUGUACUGUGACGUAGGACAACGUGCAAGGAGUGGCCCAGUGCCACGCUACAUGCACAUCAUCACACUCAUCUCUCUCAUAUGACUGGCUUCCAAUCCAGCCCCCCCCCCCCCACCAGCAUUGAAUGAUUUGCCUCCGGCUUAUAUCAUAGUUACAUCAUCCGCAGAAAACAUUGUCACAAUCGUCUGGUAAGCGUUAAAUAAGUCCACCAACGUUUUAUUUCCUCCUGCAAUAUUAGUAAGGCGUAUGAUCUUCUCCACUACAA